AUGCCACCCUCUCUUCGAAAUAUCUUUCGACCUUCCAAGUCGGCCGACCCACCCCCGCGAUCUCGUAACACCUUGUCUCGCCUGCGUCGCACCGGGUCUCUGACACCGUUGAACCAACCAGAUGACGUCGUUUCAGAAUUACCCGAGGCAGUUAACCUGUCUAAAGCGGCAUCUGUGACCGAGGCUCGGGCUAUUACAGAGGAGAUACAAUCAGACAACGAUAGCACGCAACAUGGGGAGCAUACAGGGCCCGGUAGCAGAAGCGCCGCCUCUAGUGUUUCUCGGCCCAACCGUUCGAAACGCUUCAAGGAGAUCAUGGCACGUUUUCGGCGCAGCAAGUCUCAUGAGCCAACUGAUGGUUCAGAGGAGGCACAAGACACGGAGUCUCCAGCGCCCUCGGAACUUCAGGUUACAGGCAAGGAAGUAGGAGCAGAGGUGACGACAACAACUGAUCUCGCUCAGAGAGAUCCUCCUCUCUCACACAACCCAUCCCCAGCCGAACCGACUGGGAACCAGCAACGAAAUGUUAGUGCCCAGACGGCUGAAUCUCACAACUCAAAGGAAACAUCACUGACCACCAUCCGUCAUCCACCCAUGGACAUUGAAUUGCCCGCUGACUGGUUUGCGACGGUAUUGGCGCAGUGUUCUAGCGAGACAAGACAUUUUGCAGAAGCAUCCGAUCCGUUUUCCGAUAGCAAGACAGCAGAGGUCAGUAUAGCACAGGUUGCAUGUGCGUCUUCGAAGCAUUCGCACUCAUCAAGGAGCUCCAAGGGCAAGAGACCAGCUGAGAGUGUUCAAGAAAACGACGCGUUCGAGAUCGCACCGCCGAGAUCUUCCAAAGUUCCCAGUGCUCGCAGCUCGCGCCAGGUAUCAGGUCAUCGAACUCCUUCUGCAGCCACCACUGGCUCUGUUUCGUCGACCCGGCUUGAUCCAAAUAAGGCGGUUGAGGGGUUCAACUACCUUGCGGGUCAGCUGAACCUCCCUCUUAGCAUCACGGCUGAGGAAACUUCGAACUUUGAAUCCGAAGAAACAAGAGGUAGAGCUACCGAUGUAGAGAGCAAUUCGCGACGACGACUCCGACUGACCCGCCGAGUUCGCCCAGUGCAGUCUAACCUGGAUCUUGAUACAUCCUCUUCCUUCCAGACGCCCGUUUCCAAGCUGCGGCGCACGAAGACCUUUGCCAAUCUUACUCGACGUCCCAGCCCCAUGAGCACCUUGAAAGGGAAGUCUCUCGAGCAUAUCGCUCGUUUGGGUGGACACAGCUAUUUGGUCUGGGGAUCUGGCAUCCUUCCUGCACCACUCCAGCUGCCGGCAUGUAUUGUGGCGAUGGCCGUAUAUCUGCGGAAAUAUGGGGCUAACGUUAAUGGUCUUUUCGUGGAGCCGGGCGACGUCAAGGAGGUCCACCGCCUGUACGACUAUUUUGCCUCCCAAGUGCUGGAUGCCGAGAAGGAAGCGUCCCAUAUCUCGAUGACUUUGCGGACGAUCGCCAUGCCGCAGUGGGAGGGCGAAGCGGACAAUGCCCACACGCUGAGCGUGGGGUGGACACUGCGAGUUAUUUUGACCGGCCUGCCUUUCGGCAUUCUCGGCUCUCCCCGUCUCUACCGGAUUCUCAAGGAUAUCUAUCUUGCCGCGCUGCCCAACACCCAGCGAGUUCAGCUCAUCACGCUCGCCAUCAUCGCUCUGACCAGCGAGAUGGAACGAGCCCUGAUCUGCGCCAUCUUUGGCCUGUUGACCAGCUUACUACAACAGAUGGACGAGCCCGCCUUGCCCGAAGAGCCCGAUCCCGGGACUGCGCUCCGGACAGUGGCGAGCCUGGACAAGUCGGGCGGGUUCGCGCGGGUAUUUGGACCGAUGCUGUUGGGAGUUUCUCGACAAGACCGCGGCCUGGCUGACAUGACGGAUGAAGAGCGAGAGGUUGCCGAUGAACGGGUGGCGCAACUGCUGAUUGACAAUUGGCGCUCUGUGAAUCGCCAAUUGCGAGGGUGGGCUACGGUGGUCAAACUCGAAUGA